UUAUCAACAAACUGCAGUAUCUUCAGAGUCAAAAUGACAUCAUAUUCCACCUCUGCCCAGUGUUCAGCAUCUGACAGUGCUUGCAGAAUCUCUCCAGAACGAAUCAGUAAGGUACGACCAAAAUUGCCACUUUUGAAGAUUCUGCAGGCAGCAGGUGCACAAGGUGAAAUGUUCACUAUUAAAGAGGUAAUGCACUAUCUAGGCCAGUAUAUAAUAGUGAAGCAGCUUUAUGAUCAACAGGAGAAGCAUAUGGUAUAUUGUGGAAGAGAUCUUUUGGGAGAACUACUGGGACAUCAACGCUUCUCCGUGAAAGAUCCAAGCCCUCUAUAUGAUAUGCUAAGAAAGAAUCUUAUCACUUUAACCACUGCCACUACAGCAAAGUACAGAGGAAAGUUUCAGUUCCAGAAAAAGAACUGA